GCAUCUCUGAAUUAUCACUCUGGUGCAAUGUUCAUCCACCCUGUCAACCGCUCAGUUCGGCUGGCAUAUGCUUUUGGGCUUCUCAGUCUCGCCGUGUCAACUUGCUCUGCGACCCCGACGAACGUCACAAUCGACGACCAAACGGGCGACGCGAUCUCGGGACUUCUACCAAAUUACAGUCCAUCAAUCGCGUGGAACCAAGGUGCAGGCUGUGAUUUCUGCGCUGCGAAGCCGAACGCGAGCGAUGCUGGAGGUGGGACUUGGCAUGACGCUAGCUACAAUCCAGGGGUGUAUCCGGAACAAUUCGGCGUAACGCUGCAGUUCAACGGCACAGCAAUUUGGAUGUUUAAUAUUCUGCAGCAACUCACCUUCACCGGUCUAAACUUUACGCUCGACGGCGAGGACGCUGGUUCCUUCAUCUGGGACAACGCCAGUAGCUUUGAAUUUUUGUAUAAUCAGAGCAUCUUCCAGAGAGAUGGAUUAGAGCAAGGGCCACAUACACUUGUGGCAACGGUGUCUGGAAGUAACCAGAGUCUCAUUUUGUUUGACUAUGCGAUUUACACUCUUGCCAAUGAUGCUGAUUCCAUUCGCGCUAAUGUUAGGACCGACACGGAUGUCACCACUGCACCAAGCAGUAGCGCAAGUCCUACCAGCACUUCUUCUGCUCCCACCACUUCACACUCGACCCCUGUCGGUGCCAUAGUGGGCGGCAUCGUUGGAGGAAUUGCCGCCAUAUCUCUUCUUCUCAUCGCUUUUCUCUGCUACCGCUGCCGCCAGCGCACAAGCUCCGGCCUAACAACAUCUACAACACAUACCUCCAUCAGUCCAUUCACGAGCGACACACUCAGCCCGGAACCAUCUUCCACCACCAAGGCCUCUUUCGCCUCCCUCGGACAGCCUUUGGCUACCUACCGACCCGCUCGGUAUCACGAGCCGUCCAACCCAGCACCGAGCGACUCGACCCACCUUCCGCUUUCGCCACCCUCGCGCCUUGCUCCAUUGAGUGACGCACCGGUACCCUCGUCUCAUGGACUCCCAAGCGUUUUAGAUAUCCACGCAGGAACGCGGACUAUGGCUACGACUCCGAUGGGGCCGUUGUCGACAACGAGUUCAGAGAGAGACAGGGCGAGGGGAAGGCAGCUGGAAGAGGAGGUUGAGAGGUUAAGGACGGAAAUGAGGGAGAUGAGAGCAGGAAAUGUAAGGGAAAAGUUACCAGGGUAUGAGAGCUCAGGGGACGAUGUUCUGAUACACAGAGAACCGUAA